GCCAGAAUUCUGGGCGGCCGGACAAGCAUUUUUGUGCCACGCAAAGACCCCCUGGUGCGGACCGCACCUCUCCUCCGCUUAGAAACAGCCCGAUUUGGCCUCCGGAGCGAGCAGAGUGCCUAGGAAAAUCGAUUCUCCACCAACCUUGUGCGUGAAAUAGGCCCAAUUUAGUCGGCCGACCUGGGGUAAUGAAGCAAUUCCCAUGGGCUGGAUGUCCAGCCCCUCGUGACUCGGCCAUUUAGGCUUUCCUCAAGAGGAUGCCGCUUCCUGCUUGAGUUCUUGCGAGGUUGGGCCCAAGGCACCCUUCUCGAGGCACCUCCAUCUACGAGCCUGCCGAGAGAUUCACACCUGAACCCCUCUUUUUCUCCUCCAAGUCGCACGUCCCAAAGGCUGGCCGCUGCGAUGGACUCUCCAGCAAGGACGGUGAGCGCCCUCGCGCUGCUGGCCCUGGCGCUCGGGCAGGCGGCGGCGCAGACGACGAACCUGGUGGCCUCGCACUUCAGCGGCAACCUCUACUCGCUCUCGUACACGGCGAGCGGCGGCGGCGCCGGGCGACUCGCGCAGACGGCCUCGCAGCGUGCCGGCGGCACGUGGCCCGCCUGGCUGACGUACGACGGCGCCUCGCGCACGCUCUACACGGUCGACGAGGCCAACUGGGUCGGCCCCGUCUUCACCGAGUUCAAGGUUGCCGCCGACGGCAAGCUCACCAAGGGCGCGGCCUCGCCCAAGAGCGGAGGGGAGCUGCACAGCACGCUGUACGGGGGUCAGGACGGCAAGGGCUUCAUAGCCGGCGCCCAGUACGAGAACUCGGGCGUCAUCUCCUUCAAGCUGCCGCUCUCGCAGAACGCCCAGCCCGUCUCGAAGCUCACCUUCACCAUGUCCGGGCCGGGCCCCGUGCCCAGCCGGCAGAACAAGCCGCACCUGCACUCGGUCUUUCCGGACCCAACCGGCCGCUUCCUGCUCGCGGCCGACCUCGGCGCCGACCUGAUCCGCGUCUUCUCCAUCAACCCGACGUCGGGCGUCCUGACGUCGUGCGCCAACAUCGCCUCGGGCCGCGGAGACGGGCCCCGCCACGGCGCCUUCUGGACCAAGAACGGCGCCACGGUGCUCUACGUCACCAACGAGUUGUCCAACUCGGUCUCGGCCUACACCGCCUCGUACCCGUCCUCCCCCUCGGGCGGCUGCCUGGGCCUGACGAGGACCCAGACCAUGUCGUCCCUGGGGCCCGGCAAGGCGGCGCCCGCGGGCGCCAAGGCGGCCGAGGUGCGGGUGCGCGACGACUUCGUGUACGUGUCGAACCGCAACGACCAGACCUUUGGGUCGCGCCAGGACGCCAUCGCGACCUACGCCGUCGGCGCCGGCGGCGCCCUCACCUUUGUCGAGAACGUCAACUCGCGCUCCUACUUCCCGCGCACCUUUGAGAUCAACAGGGCCGGCGACCUCGUGGCCGUGGGCGGCCAGACGUCGAGCAACGUGGCCGUGCUGUCGCGCAACGUCACCUCGGGCCGCAUCGGGGGCCUGGUGGCCACGCUAAACGUAGGCAGCGCCGGGACCGUGAACAACGAGGACGGGCUGAGCCAUGUUGUCUGGAUUGAAUGAGUGACGCUGGUGGAGGGGUCUGUGGCAACGGGGCGGUUUGGGGUGUUGGGGGCUAGUCGGUGAGGGUUGUCUACGGCGACGUGUAUAUAAACCUGGGUGAUAUAUAUAAAGCUCGUAAAUAUUGAACAUCGGGCUUGCGCCGGAGUACUAGACAAGCUUCUACUUUGAU